CGAACUAGUUGCCAGUUUUGAAGUUUGCGUGGUGAAUGUCGGGUCGGACAUUACAAAUCGCUAUCGCUACUGCACCGUGCUAUAAUUUUCACUGCAUAUAUACACAUACACACACACAUUUAUUAUUAUAACGAAAUUGCUAUAUACAAAAAUAAAAAUAUAUUAACACCAUUUUUAAUUUUCGUUCGUAUUUUCCAUACUUAAAAAUUAUCAAGAAAUUUAAAAUACACAAAGAGACAAACGCCGGUUUAAAUGAUUUACACACUGUGACAAAAAUCUAAAAUUGGAUUUCUUAAUUUUUUUUUUGUAAAACAAUCGGCGGAAUUACUUAACAAACAAAUCCACCAUAAAAUGAAAAUCUAAGAGUUUUCAUUUUUCAACCAUCCAAAACGCGCGCAUUGAUUGUGAGUUCUGUCAAAAAAAAUCGGGAAAAGACCGUUAUAAUUCCAAUCAAAUAAACGAACAGUCCUUGUCUUGUGGAUAAAAUCAAAUCUUAUUCUUAUUCUUAUUUGUGUGACUGUCUCGACGAACAUGUGCUUAUAACGUUAUUUGUCGUAAAACAAAAUAAAAUCCCACCAAAAUCCUUUGGAUUUGAAAAAAAGUCAAAAGAAAAGUUUAUUUCUCUCAACAAAAAUGAGAAAAGUGUAACAAUUUGUGCGAAAAUAAGAAAAUUCCAAAAAAAAAGGUCAAAGGUUUUUUGUGAUAAAAAGAAAAAUUCUGACGAAAUGGUUAAAUUAAAACUGUCAAACCUUCAAAUCUAAAAAAAGGAAAGGAAAUUUUAUAAAAUUUUUUGUGCAAUAUCACAAAUAAUAUUUUUUGGAUUACAAACCCGCGCGCGCGGAUCUACCUACAAAAACGGAAAUAAGUGCGCAAAAUAAUUUUUCCUAUUUUUGUUGGUUUUUUAAAUAUUCAACGAAACCAAAAGUAUAUUUCGAAAUACUUUUUAUUGAUUAGAAUCAAAAUCAAUACCCUCUUGCUUGCUGCUUCCUGCAAACCGCAACGAAUCUUUAUUUUACAAAAUGAAUUGGAUUAAAAUUAGCCUGUCUGCAUGGAUUUUAUUAUUAGUUUUAACGGAGGUGAACAGUUCCGGUUUAUUUGAAUUACGGCUAAAAUACUUCAAUAAUGACAAUGGACGAGAUCAUGAAGGUCAGUGCUGUAGUGGGCAAUCGGAUGCGAGCGGCAAAUGCAUUGGCACAUGUAAAACACGAUUUCGCGUCUGUCUAAAGCAUUACCAAGCUAAAAUCGACACAACAUCCCAAUGUACAUUUGGUGAUGUUAUAACUCCGAUACUUGGCGAAAACUCUGUAAACCUUACAAAUAUACAAAGCCAAAAGAAGAUGGAUUUUACAAAUCCUAUACAAUUUGCUUUUAAUUUUGCAUGGCCGGGUACCUUCACGCUUAUAGUGGAAGCUUGGCAUGAUACAAACAAUGACUCCAACGCAAGAUCGAAUAGUCUAUUAAUCCAAAGACUAUCAGUGCAACAGGUUUUAGAAGUUUCACCAGAAUGGAAAACCAAUAAAUCCGAAGCACCAUACACAUGGUUUGAAUAUGAUUUUCGCGUAACAUGCGAUCCACAUUAUUAUGGCGCUGGCUGUGCGAAUUUAUGUCGUCCGCGUGAUGAUCAAUUCGGUCAUUAUACAUGUUCGGAAAAUGGUGAAAAAAUUUGUUUAUCCGGAUGGGGUGAUGAUUAUUGUCAAAAACCACGCUGCAAAAAAGGUUGUGUACACGGAACAUGUGACCAGCCCAAUACUUGCCAAUGUAGUUCUGGCUGGAAGGGACCACUAUGCGAUCAAUGCGAACCCUAUCCUGGAUGUGUGCACGGAACAUGCAACGCACCCUGGGAGUGCCGUUGUGAUGAAGGCUGGGGUGGUCUGUUUUGUAACCAAGAUCUCAACUACUGCACCAACCAUCGACCCUGCCAUAAUCAAGGAACUUGCUUUAAUACGGGACAAGGCCUUUACACCUGCAAGUGUGCGCCUGGAUUCAAUGGCACCGAAUGCGAGACCGUUGUUACUUCCUGCGAGUAUGAGCCUUGUUUGAAUGGUGGCAGCUGUUCCGAUGAUAGUGCAAACAACAGCUACAAAUGUGACUGUCGUAAAGGUUGGACAGGACGACACUGCGAGGAUAAAGUGCACACGUGUAUGGACAAACCCUGCAAGACAGGAAACUGCCGGGAUACCAAAUCGGGGUUUAAAUGCGAGUGCCCAUAUGGGUACAGUGGAAUUCAUUGCGAAACGCACGUGGACAAUUGCAAUCCAAAUCCCUGUCAAAAUAAUGGUAUUUGUAUGGUCAGCAGCACUUCGGAAAAUUCCUUCAAGUGCCAAUGUUUGUCCGGCUUCACCGGGGAACACUGCGAGGAGAACAUCGAUGAUUGUCAAGGUAAUCCCUGUCUAAAUGGAGGAACCUGUAUAGAUAUGGUUAAUCAAUUCCGUUGUCAAUGUGUACCUGGAUAUCUUGGUUUGGUUUGCGGUGAAAAGGUCGAUCUCUGUCUAACAAAGCCUUGUGCCAAUGGAGGAAGCUGCACAAAUCUUAACAACGACUACCAGUGCAUAUGCCGAGCGGGAUUUACAGGAAAAGAUUGUAGUGUUGAUAUUAAUGAAUGUUUGGUACAACCCUGCCGUAAUGGAGGAACCUGUGUAAAUCGAGUCAAUAGUUAUCAAUGCCUCUGUGCCAAUAAUUACCGCGGCAAACAGUGUGAAGAAGAUUCGUUUAACCAAGUCUCGCCCAAUGCUCAACAAUACGAAGCGAAUCCUCAAGGACCACGUAGUGACGGGCUAACCAGCGGUCAAGUGGUCCUAAUAGCCAUCCUCUCAGUUGCCAUGCCAGUGGUUGCCGUCAUUGCUGCCUCAGUUGUUAUUUGUAUGAAACGCAAACGUAAGCGUGCCCAGGAAAAAGACGACGCUGAAGCCAGAAAACAAAACGAACAAAACGCCACCGCUAACGGAAUGCACAAUGGUCAUGGAAUCGGAGGCGGUAUGGGUGGUAUGGGAGGCAUUGGCGGAGUCGUUGGCAUGGGUGGCUGUGGCGCUGCCACACUCUCAGCAAAACGUACAUCAAGCAGUGCUUUGGCGUUCGACAGCUCCAAUCCCAACAUCAUCAAAAAUACCUGGGACAAAAGUGUCAACAAUGUGGCGAGUGUGACAGGUGGCGGUGGUGGUGGUGGCGUCGUCGGUGAGGAUUGUCUUAUGAACACUAGUCUCUAUGGCGCUGGUGUAAUCUCCGGUUACAGUGACAAUAAUAACGCCAACAGUGAGUGCUUCAUUGGCACAAUAACACCGCUGGCUAGAGCAAAGUCACAAAAACAGCUUAACACAGAUCCAUCACUGAUGCAUCGAGCAUCACAAAUACUCAGUAGUCCGCCUACAACCAAAGAAUACAUGCUCCAGCAGGAAAGCAGUAAAAGAAUAUCAGUGCUGGGUGAUUCAGCGUAUUGCAGUCAAAGGUGGCCAGCGUCAGUGGCGGCGGCGGCGGCGUCAUCCCAAAAUCAACGAACUGUCGUUUGUGGGACCCCCCAUAUGUAGUUAUCCAAUAAAAAAAUAUUUUUUAUAUUAGAAUUGUAAAAAUAACUGAAGGUUUAUAGUUCCCUCAUCUCAUGUGUGUAGUUAUGUUUUCAUUUGUAAGCCUAAGUAUUACCUUCCUGAUCCCUACUACUUAAACAAAAAAAAAAACAAAAAACUACACUUUUUACUGAAUUUCUUUAUUUUAACCUUAAAUAAGUUAAAUUUAUUUAAAACAAAUGUGUUUAAAUUAAUCGCUGACUGACUGUAGAUAUAAAAUGUUUUUCCUUAAACCAUUUGCUAUCCAAAAUAAUUCAUCUUAUCUUAAAAAAUUAUCUCUCCACUUAAGCUCGGAUCAGACUGUGAUUAAAUAUUAAACCGUCGCUGUAGAUCGAAUAAUUUUUAACCCAAAAAAGUUUAUUUUUAAUUAAAAAGCUUUCUAAUGAAAAACAACUACUUAGCCUUAAAAUCUGGUCCUCAAUACUUCAUUGUUUCUCCUGAAAAGUAAACUUUUCCAGGUUACAAAGCAUUCGAUUCACAGCGACGAAAUAUUGGUUUGAAUCGGAAACUUAAUUCUUCAAAUUUUAUCUCGAAAUAUCUUCAACAGACAUUUUUGGCUUAAUUCAACCAUAUUUCGACCUCCAGUCAAUUCCUAGCUUUAGUAACUAAGUAAUUUAUUUGAUGAUGUAACAAAAGAUUGUGUUAUAGAAAAAAACAAAAUAUGGACAAUUUCUAGACUUAGCGGCAAAAUACUGUAAAAAAAAUUAAAAAAAUGAGUUAAAUAUUUAAAAAAACAAAAAACAAAA